AUGUAGGUGAUGUAGCAAAUUGUUUUGAUUUAAUAAAAAUGAGUUUUGUUUAUUUAUUCGUGAUUUACAACACAAAACUUAGUUGUCAGUUAUAGCAGUGAUCUCACGAGCGGUCGAAUUUGACUGCGUUAAUCUCCGUUUUAUUUUAAUUUGACAGAAAUCCCAAUUUGUUGUUGAUCAAUUCCAUUCAAACUCAAUAUACUGAAUGGUCGUGGUCCGACUUGCGUUGAUUUAAUAAUGCCAUGUUGGCGUAAAUCGUUUGAAGUUUCAACCCGGAAAGAACACACCAGUUAAGAUAAAUCUCGUCAACAUUUUUAUCAGUCAAUGUAAUUUAUUAUUUAUGCCAUCUUUAUAUGUUGAAAUGUAUACUCGAUAUACGGUAAUUAAAACGCUACUGAAGCCAACUACAAACUAACUUUCAGUCAGAAAUCGUGUGACUAAUUAUUUCCGGAAAAUACUUUCUCAAUAAAAUACUUGAACCAAAUUAUUUAUAUUACUGGCUUCCUUUUUAAUAUUUUUCCAAUAAUUCGUAAAAUAAUGCUUUUGACUAUUUUCGACAUAAUAAUUACAAAUUGUAAUAAAACCCCGGUCACAGAGAAUUUUGUGUUUCUGGUAUUUAUUUAAUUUUACGACUCAUACAUUAUAACAUUAACGAAAUCAAGUUGAAACGACUUUGACUAGUUUAGAUAGAUUGUUUACAUGUAUAUUUCCGGCAGUGGUUUAUUGAAGCUUGAUUUCUCUUCCUCCAUAUAUUUUGUCAAUCGGUGUUUCGAGAUCGAUUAAGCAGCCUGGCCCAGGCCAACACGAAGCAGCUGGGCGCAGCUCGAUCAGAUCUACGGACGCUGUCAAAUGCAGAUGAAACGGUCACUGUAAUCACGUGAAUGUAACAGAAAUCGUUCACGGCAGUUUAAAUGCGUUACAUUUGGCCUGUUGUGUUUUUGUUGUCGUAAGUGAUGCUGCAGUUCUCCUUUCAUGAGACGUUCGCGAACCAACGGACAAACGUGCGCCAGCCUGCUGACUGAGUAGCUACGUACCGCAUCCUUGCGUCAAAGCCUGGCUAAAGCUAGAGAAACCCGUGUCAGGACAAGUCAGUGAGAAAGACCGACACGUUUUCUAAGGUUAUUUUUGGCACGGACGCUGCUGCUGCUAAUGCAGACGAGCCUGUCGAAUCUGCGGUUUCACUAGAAACUCGGAUAAUCCUGACACCACCACUAGUCCGUUGUUAUAGAGAACGACACCGUUUAAGAGACUGUGUAAUGCUGAUAAAACAACGGUUUAAUUACGUGGCUUGGUUUCGACACAUGGGGCCCUGCUGAGAAGAUGGACCUGAAUUUUUAUUCAGAUUUAACCGGUGGUUCCGGGCAGCACGAAGGUGACCCGGAAUUCUUGGACCCACAGUCCUUCAAUGGAUUUGACACCGACAGCAAGUUCCCGGUAGGCAGUGACAACUACUUGACAAUUCCAGGCUCCAGCCAUCCCUUCCUUUCCUCCUCAGAGACAUUUCACACACCCAGUCUGGGUGAUGAAGAGUUCGAGAUCCCUCCCAUUUCUCUUGACCCAGACUCUGCUCUCACUGUGUCCGAUGUGGUGUCCCAUUUCGGGGAGCUAUCAGACCCCGGCCACUCUGACAACGUGGCAGUGCCAGAGAACGCUGUAGUGGAAGGGGACGACCCAUCCUUCGCCUCUACGUUCGUGAACUCGUCAUCACAGGGACUAGACCACCUGGGUCUGGGAGUCAUGGGCCAGUCUGGAGGAAGUGCUCUGUUGGGUUCGUCACUGGGGAUGGAUCUUAGUCAUCCAAUCAGCUCACAGCUAAGCUGCUCCUCUCCUGUCUCCAUUGAUGUUCCACUGGGGGAUAUGAGCCAAGGUUUGUUGGGCUCCAACCAGCUGACCACCAUCGACCAGUCAGAGCUCAGCACUCAGCUGGGGCUCGGACUGGGAGGAGGUAACUUGUUACAGCGCCCCCAGUCACCUGAACCCCCUCUGCCAGCUACAGCAUCCCCAACUAGCUCAUUACAGGACGAUGACAUGGAUGAUUUCAGGAGGAGCGUGCUUGUCGAAUCUCCACUCUCUCACUCCGUCUCUCCUGGUGUCAUCUCCCUUGACCCCACCAUGUCCGAGUCACCCCUCUCCACCACGGCCUUUGCCCUCUCUCCAGCUGUGAGGCGUAAAAGUGACCCAAAGCCUCCUCAGAAACCGGUGGCGGCGUACGCUCUUUUCUUCAGUGACACGCAAGCAGCGAUUAAAGGACAGAAUCCCAACGCUACAUUUGCAGAAGUUUCUAAGAUCGUUGCCUCCAUGUGGGACAGUCUGGGGGAGGAGCAAAAACAGGUUUACAAGAGGAAAAAUGAAGCUGCUAAGAGGGAGUACGUGAAAGCACUGUCAGAGUACAGAGCCAGUCAGGCGUCUCAGGUCCCCAUUGAAGUCAUGGACACGUCUCCAUCGUCACCACCUCCAGCACCUUCUCCCACAGUCAUCCAGAUGUCCAAUCCUGCUGGGCGGGUUACCCGAUCACAUUACAACCCUGAGGAGAACACCAUCACCAACAUCUGUGCCUCCAACAUCAUCAGAAUGGACCUAGAGCAAGUCACCACCCGCUCACGCCUCAAAUCCCAAAACCCGCCCACUUCCACUGCUCCGAACCCACCAGCAGUCACCAAGAUCAUCAUUAAGCAGACCCAGCUGCCCUCUGGUGGUGUGUCGGUGACAGCAAUGCCUGCCCCAUCGCAGCGCCAGCCUCCUCCUCUGCAACAGAUGCAAAGCACACCUCACCCCCCUCGUCUCCAGCAGGCACCGCCGCCCCUCCAGGCCAAACCCCGUGGAGCAGGUUUGGCAUCUGCCUCGGCUCCUCCGCCGCUGCAGAUAAAGGUGGUGCCGUCAUCUCGUCAGACGGACUCAGUUGCUCCGAUAAUUGUGAAGUCGGAGGCAGAAACGCAGAAAUCUACGUCUUCCUCUUCUGUGAUGGUGGAGGUGGGGCAGUCGACUGUGGUGGUGAGGGAAGGAGAGGAGGAGGCAGAAGAAAGGAUGGAGGUGGUGGUGAAUGUGGCCUCCAGCCUGAGCUCCACCCCUGCCACCUCCAGUCCAAACAUCUGCGUACGUGCCGGCUGCACAAACGUGGCUGUGGAGAGCGAAGACUGGGACAAGGAGUACUGUAGCAAUGAAUGUGUGGCCACACACUGCAGGGAUGUGUUUAUGGCCUGGUGCGCCAUCCGUGGGCAGAACUCCACCACGGUCACAUAGAAGUAUGGGCACGUGAAUGAAAGAGAAGGUGACCACACGUACAUAUCGUAGCCAGAUAAGACUCAGGAAUCUGGGAUGAAUUUGUCAAUCAUGUCGUUUUAGAUGUGCAGAGUUAAAGAGGGAGGUGGGUGUAUUUAAUUUGUUCCUGUGGUUCCAAUUAUCUGAAGAAAAAAAACAACCUAAACUAAACAAAGCUUUUGCUAAGGAAACACAGACUGGUCUUUACUACGUUGAUCCUUUUAAGGUUGUGGAUGAAAAUACAGAAGAAGAAAUCAGAGACUCUUGUUGAUCAACUAUUGUGAAUUUUUAAAAAAAGGACAUUUCCUAUGUGCUGCUUGAAUUUUUAAUUAUUUGUAAAUAAGGAGAAAAUAAUUCAGGAUAAAAUCAUGCUCCUGCAGAUGUUUCCACUUCUUUAUAUCAAAGAAAAACAAACUUCAGAUGGAUUUUGCUUUUCUACAGUCAGUUAGAAGUGUUUUUUUAACCUGAUUUUGAUUAUUUUGACUGUUACGAAAUUUUGGCAAAGCACAAAGAGGUUCUAAUAGAGGAGCUAAUUUUGGAGAAAAUGUAUUUGGACUCAAUGCCCCAUUUGGCCACACAGACUCUGAUUUCUGUAAGCAAGUCAUCAGUAAUCCAUCCACACUUGAAGUCUUUGGUCACUUCUAGUGUUCAAGUGUAGGGCAGAUAGAAAAAGAUGUGCUGUUUUACAUGUUGACCAAACAAAAAAAACACCGGUGACCCUAAACUUGACCAACCUUCAUAGAUCAGUUUGAAUAUUGCGUUCUGUGGGUUACCUUAAGCGGUAAUCCCUGAGGCACCACCGAACAUUACGUUUUAUCCCUAAUUUGUCUCUAAAUAGGAUCAUGAUUUACAGUCAUUGUAUUCAGUUAAAAAUCAGACUGUAGCCUUUAACACUACAAACUGCUCACUUAAUUGUUUAUUGGAAUUAAAACUGAUUAAGAAGUUGCCCAUCAAUAAUUUAGUUUACUAAUGAUAUUGCCCCCUGGUGGUUAUUUUAAACUUCACACAUCCCCCAGGAACCUGGAACUUUAGGGUACCAUACAUAAGCUGCUUUUCAGAUGCUUUGAUGUGGUGAUGAGGAGGACUCGGAUAUUUACACUGUUACCUUGAAACUCCCAGCAAAACGACAUAAUGUCACUGUUUUUACGUUUUUACUGAUGGUUUAAGGGCAAGCUGCUCUGAAGCAACCUCUGCUGGAUCACACAGAACCUUGUGUGCUUUUACACUGUAUGUUACAAACUCCUCAUUUUUCUAAUUUAAUAAAAUCUCUCAAAAGGUAUGUGGAUUUUUGGUAUUGGCUUUAAAAAUCACUCCACUAUUAACAUUCUGAACAAAGAUCCAGAAAUUGUUCUAGAGAGUGGAAUAUUGUGAAAAGUCUUUCAUUUUACUUCAAAUCAUUUUACAAAAUUACUUCUGGAAUAAUAUCCUGGAAAUGUUGAAAUCAGGUGCUAAUAUUCAGGUAAUAAAGAAUAUUUCAAAUUAUUUUCAGUUUUUGUUUAUGCUUUUUCAGUGACCGAUUGGGGAUUUAAAAAAAAGUGGAACUAGAUAAACCUAUCCCAGCUCUAAUCAAACCUCUUGUAAAAGGGAAAUGGGGAAAAUUGAUCAAAACUGAAUUUAAACAAUAUCUUAGUCAAGGCGCUUGAGUUCAGUGCUAACUAACAAUAACAAUUAUAAUGCUAAGAGAAGAAUUAUCAACAGUCAAGUUCAGUUAUAUGCUUAUGACUCUGGUUGAUGUUAAUAUUCCUGGAAAUGUUUUUAUUGGUGAAAUAAAAUAUUUUAUGCUUUCAA